CUGCUGCGCAUGCGCAGUUCCCUCCCAGCCUCCAGUUUCCGUGUUGUUCUGUUUCAGCGAAGUGACGCGGAUCAUCCCAGUUGGUAAGUUUAGCCCAUAAUCCUGGUUCCGGUUCCGGUUCCUCUGGGCUCAGUGGGUCCAGUUUAGCGGCUCGUGAGUCCGGAUGGGUCCGGCAGGCCGAACCGGGCCCUGCGGCCGAUCCGCCGGCCUCGGAGCCGCAGAUCUCCACCUGAUUCUUUUCUCCUGUCAAUCACCGAGCAGACAGGCUGGCUUCACUUCCGCUCUGCCUUCACAAUAAGAGCCGCUCGAUCGGUUCCGGUCCGCUGCUGUUCUCAGCUGACCCUUUGAGGUUCGGAACCAGCCGGAGGUUCUGGUUCAGUGUCAACAGAAGAACCAGUUUGUCUGUGGGUUCUGAACAAAGACCCAGUUCUGGUCCUCUGGGCUUUUACUCUGAAGGUCCGGCUGCUGACUUCCUGUGUUAGUUUUAGUUCAGUGGAAUCAGUGACGGUACCGAUCCAAAGCUGAUCCAGAACCUGGUUCUGGAUCAGAACCUGGUUCUGGAUCAGGAGUCUGUUCAUCAAGCAGCUGAUGGAUCAGAUUAAUAAUCCUAAUCUGUCCCUGCAGAGGAGGACAGUCAGCCUCACAGCAGAAUCCGGUUCUGAUCAGACCCAGACUGGGACUCUGAUGGAUCACCAUGAGAAGAAGAAGAGGUCGCGUUUGAUUCGGUGUGGACCGAACCGAACAGAAGAGGAAGAGGAGGAGGAGAUGAAGAACAAAGUCAGCAGCACUCAAGUGAGCGUGAAGAGGCGGUCCUGGUCCUGGCAGCAGUACCUGAACGAGCAGAAAGCCGAGGCGGCUCCGCCCUCUGUCUUCACGCAGGAACAGUCCUUCCCCAGCAGGAGAGCGGCCUUCAAAGCGGGCAUGAAGCUGGAAGGUGUCGACCCGCUGCAUCCCUCCAUGUUUUGCGUGCUGACAGUCGCCGAGGUGAUUGGCUGUCGGCUGCGGCUCCACAUCGACGGUUACUCGGAGUGCUAUGACUUCUGGGUAAAUGCGGAUUCUGCAGACAUCAAACCUGCCGGCUGGUGUAAAGAGCACAGCCACAAGCUCCACCCACCCAAAGGUCAGAGCGAGGCGGAGUUCGACUGGCAGGACUACCUCCAGUCGACAGGGUCCCACGCCGCUCCGGCCUCCCUGUUCACCCGCCGCUCCACGGAUUGUGCGUUCCAGGUGGGGAUGAAGCUGGAGGCGGUGGACAAGAAGAACCCCGGGCUGGUCUGUGUGGCGUCCGUGGCCGACGUGGUUGAGGAACGCUUCCUGGUUCACUUCGACAACUGGGACGACACGUACGACUACUGGUGCGACAGCAGCAGUCCGUACAUCCAUCCUGUGGGCUGGUGUGAAGAACAUGGCCGACCUCUGACCGCCCCCCAGGGUCAUCCCAGUCCGGAGCACUUUGUGUGGGACGACUACCUGCAGGAAACUGGUUCCAUGGCCGCUCCCGGCGCGGCGUUCACUCUGAGAGCUCCGCAUGGCUUUAAGCUGAACCACAGACUAGAGGCGGUCGACAGGAGGAACCCCAUGUUGAUGCGCGUCGCCACGGUAACAGACACUGAAGACUACAGGGUGAAGAUCCAUUACGACGGCUGGUCCACGCUGUUCGACGUCUGGCUGGACAGCGACCACGGCGACCUCCACCCGGUGGGGUGGUGCCAACGCACGGGUCACCCGCUGGAACCGCCCCCAGGUUCCACCCCGCUGCCCUCGCCGUCUCAGGGAGUCUGUCCCACCGCCGGCUGCAGAGGAGUCGGACACAUCAAAGGAGCCAAAUACACGGGACACCACAGUGCCUUCGGAUGUCCGUAUUCUGACAUCAACAUGAGGAAGGAGGUGGUGCUUCCUGAUCGGCUGGGAGGGGAGCGCUCCGUCACGCUUGUUCCGGUGUCCAUCCAUCAGCAGGCCUACCUGCCUCACAGGAGAGCAGCUGAGGAGAAGGAGGAGGAGUCACCAGAGGCGCCGCUGCUGCUCCCCCUGGGGAAGAGGAAGAGACCGGCGGACAGAUUGUCUCAACCAACCAAAUUGCUGCGUGUGAAGCAGGAAGAGGAGGAAGUUCCUCUUAGAACCAUCAGUCCAGAGUCCAGCCUGCAGGCCGCCCUCCAUCAGUCCGUCUUCCUGUCCGCCAUGUCGCCGCAGCCCGGACGCGACCUGUCGCUCUGCUGGGAGCAGCACCGCAAGCUGCUGCCGGGCGUGGCCAGAAUCCCCGCCGACGCCGUCCAGUGCUGGAGCGUCCAGCAGGUGUCCGAUUUCAUCGAGUCUCUUCCUGGAUGUGAGGAACAGGCCCAGCAGUUCAGAGAGGAGCAAAUAGAUGGACGGGCCUUCCUGCUGCUGACACAGCGCGACAUCGUCAGGAUCAUGUCAAUCAAACUUGGCCCCGCCCUCAAAAUAUACAAUUCCAUCCUAAUGUUUAAACACGCCGAGGAAAAGAGCCAAUCACAGACCGAGGGCAAGAACAGCCAAUCACAGACUGAGGACAAGAAGAGCCAAUCACAGGCUGAGGAUGAGAGCCAAUCACAGGCUGAGGACGAGAGCCAAUCACAGGCUGAGGACGAGAGCCAAUCACAGGCUGAGGACGAGAGCCAAUCACAGGCUGAGGACGAGAGCCAAUCACAGGCUGAGGACGAGAGCCAAUCACAGGCUGAGGAUGAGAGCCAGUCACAGGCUGAGGACGAGAGCCAAUCAGAUGUUCAGGAUUACAGCAUCUGACUGACCACAUUCAGACUCCUGAAGAUAAGCCCCGCCCCUCAUAAUCCAGCCCCUCCCUCUCAGUCACCUAUUUACUAAUGAAAAGUUCUGGCGUCCCACUGAACUCAGGUGUCUUCAGGUGCUGCUUCUCUUUGAACACCUGAUUGCUGUCUUAGGCUCCGCCCUCUUUGAGGAGGGGCGUGGUUUAGCCUGAGGAGUACAAUGUGAAAGGGAUUCUGGGACGUUGACUGUGAUGACAAUCAUGCAGGGCAGCUGAUCCAGCUGGAAGGAGGCGGGGCCUAAAUCAGCUGUAGGUGGUUACCAACGUGGCUGCUGCCGUCUGAUUGGCUGAUUGACUUCAUUAGACCUCGGCCGCAUCAGAGCACAGCGGAAAGAUGCUCCCCUCAGAGGAGUGACAUCAUCAGUGGGGAUGAGGUCAUAAUGCUGCGAUGGACAGCGAGGAGUGACGCUGUGAUGAAGUCAUGAGCGUGACAUCAUCACCGUCUAUGUCAGCAGGAUUCUAACAGGAAGCCAGUGAUGAUGUCACACCGUGGCCCCGCCUCCUCACCCACUACUUUCUCUGGAUUUUAUCUCCCGGACAUAAACAAUGAUGUCAUCCCUAUUGCUCUGCUGUGAUUGGUCGGGAAUGUUGAUUCCUGGUGGUGGGCGGAGCUUUAUUCCCACAGCUGAUAAUUUAUUGUAAUGUUUCAGAGUUUCUAUUGUUCCUGCUGCAUCUCUAUAGAGUUCUAUUUUAAGGUUUCUAUUUGAGUAUAGAUUUGUAUUUCAGUCCUGCUGGCUUUGAACCAAAAAAAGCUGACCCCGCCCCCUCUGUGAUGUCACAGUCAGAGCAGGACUACAUUCAGGGUGCUCAGCUAAACAUGCUCAGUGUAAACAAACGGACUUCUACAGAGCAGGUUUCCUCAGGUUUCCAUGGUAACACUUCCUGCCUGCUGUGUCUGUCAGUGUUUGAUGAGAUCAAUAAAGUUUCUGACCUGAAGUCUGCUCUGGCCAUUGGUCAACU